GAAGGCUGAAGAAACAUCACGUGACCCCGAGUGAAGAAAUCAGCAGAGGACUCGGGAGUUUCGCUCGUGAAAAUCCAGAUUUGGUGACUCAUUCUGUGAAGAUCUGAAGAGGACCCCAUCAUGUCUGGAUCAAAUCAGGUUGAUGCAAAUGUGCUGGCACAGACUAUAAGCUCAAACAUCCAGAGAAUAACACAGCUAACUAAUACAAUCCAGCAAGCGAUAAACCACCUUGGAACAGCACACGAUUCGACUGACCUGCGACAGAGAUUACAACAGGAACAGCAGAAUGUCAGUCAUCUUGCUAAAGAGACCGAUAGAUUGAUGAAAGAGUUCAGCUCUUUACCUGCGACCACAGAGCAGCGACAAAGAAAAAUCCAGCGAGAACGUCUAAUCACGGAAUUCUCCAAUGCGCUGGGCGUUUUCCAGAAAGCUCAGCGAGAGGCGGCCAAAAAAGAGAAGGAGUUUGUGGCUCGUGUCCGUGCCAGCUCAAGAAUUUCAAGUGGCGCUACAGAUGAUGACUUUGGAGGAAUCGCUUCACCUUUUGCAAGUGAGAGUCAAAUUCAUUCUCAGUCCUUUGAGGUGAACAUCACAGAAGAAGAUCUGCAGCUCAUUCAGGAGAGAGAAUCAGCAAUCAGACAACUGGAGUCGGACAUCACAGACAUUAAUGUAAUCUUCAGAGACUUGGGCAUGAUGGUGCAUGAACAGGGAGACAUGAUUGACAGUAUAGAGGCCAAUGUAGAAAGCACAGAGAUCCAUGUGCAGUCGGCCACACAGCAGCUGUCCAGAGCAGCAGACUUCCAGACGUCGUCCCGCAAGAAGAUUUGCAUCCUCAUCGCUGUUCUGGUCGUGCUGGCUGUCAUUAUUGGUUUGAUUAUCUGGGCUGCCGUCAGAAGAUGAGCCUGCAUCUUUUUCAUCUAACGUUCCACAACGUUUGUUCAGCAGUGUCUUUAAUGAGUUGUAGAGGUUUUUCACCAAGUAAAACUGCUGAGUUGCUUUCUAAAUGCAUUUAAGAUAUUGCCAUCAAAGGAAUGUUCCGGGAUCAAUACAAGUUAAACUCUGUUGUCCACAGAAAAUAAUUUGGACUCAUCCCUUAGUUCGUAAAAACAAACCAAAUAACUAUGGCUGUCCAUUUAACAAGUUAAUUUAGUGAAAUUAAUUGUGUCCAGUGAUAGGGUUAUGUCCAAUUAUAAGAUAACAAAACAAACAAUUUAUUGACUGCUAAAGCAACUUUUCAUAAUGUCUAUUCAGUGCUUUACUCAUUUUCUAAAGCAAUGUAAUUUGAACUGUCUUUGUUUGGGGACUUAUUGAGCAAAUAUUGAUAUCUGAUUAUUUGUGAUUAACCGAUUAUGAAAUUAAUUCAAUAAAA